AUGGAUUUUGAGAAAUUAGAAGGGCUGCGAAAGCGCCUUGAGGAGGAGCAAAAGUUACGAAAACAAGCCGAGCAACAACGCGACGAAGCCAAGCAACGACGCGACGAAGCCGAGCAACAACGCAACGAAGCUGAGCAGCAACGCAACGAAGCUGAGCAGCAAUUGAAGCGUCAGACACAGAACACAACAUUGUUAGAAUUUCUUGAUGCGUGCCACCAACAUCUAUUUCUUGGUCUAGAUGUCCAGGAAGACAAAGAAUCCUCAACAAAAGGUGACCCCGCGAACGCCGAACAGAAACUCCGCCCAGAUCACAUCCGAGAAUGGACAAAUUUCCCACGAGAGCAAGCUAAGAUAUGGAAGGCGCUAAUGGAUGCCGAUUUCGUCACCGAGCGUCACUUUACGCCUCUGUUGGUGUUAGAGGACAACGGCAAAGACCUACGACAGCGGAGUUUAAGCUCGGAGCUUGACCUAGGAUACUUCGAACGGCAAACAGUUGAGACGCGUGUUGCAUCAGUCGUUAAACAGCUGCACAAGAACCCUCCACUUCGCGAAACGUUUCAACUGAAAGGAGACGUUGCAUUCGAAAACCAUGCGAAUACUUUGACGGACGAGAGAAUACCUGCGACAGAUAUGAGCUCUUUGAGUCUGAAGACAGGCCCUCUACGGCGAUCUGGGCGCCUUGCUGCGAAAUCGGGAGGGACGUCAUCCCUCUCUGCAGCAACCCGCCAAGAAAGUCAUCAGAAGCCCCGGCAACAAAGGCUCGCGCGUCCCAAGGCGGAUCAGUUCUGCGUCUACAACAAAGGGAGCUCCGAGCGGAUACCUGCUUUUAUCGUGGAAUACAAGGCGCCUCACAAGCUUUCUCUGGCGCACAUUAAGGCCGGCCUCAUGGACAUGGACCUUGAUGAUAUAGUCCGACUCCAAGAAAAUGAGACCCCCGAGAUGAUAUGCCGGCGUGUCGUUGCAGCGGUCAUCACCCAGGCAUAUUCGUACAUGGUCACGGGCGGUAUUCCGUUCGGCUACCUUUGUACUGGAGAAGCAUUCAUAUAUAUUCACGUAAAGCAUGAGGAGCCGGAGUGCGCAUACUACUAUCUCUCGGUCCCAAAGGAAGACGUUGGCGAGUCUACCGGCUGGACAGCCGACCUUGAUGGUGACAAUCGCCUGCACCUCACUGCUUUGGGCCAAGUCCUGGCGUUUACUCUUCGUGCGCUGCAAACCACCCCACGGGACAGUGGUUGGAUUAAGUGGGCGGAAGCGAAAUUAAACAGAUGGGAGAUGGUAUACGAUGAUAUCCUCGGCGAAAUUGAAGAAAAAGACAUACCAGCUUCCGAUUUCAAGCCCAGUACUCGAAGCCGAGAUAGAUACUUGCGCAUGUCUCCGGUGAAGACCAGGGCAAGAGCCAUGCUAGCCAGCGCGGCUUCUUGUGACCCUUCGCAGCACAUCUCAUCAUCAGAUGAUGAUGAAAAUUCGGACGAGAGGUUCGACCCCAACACACCGAGCCGAAGUCCACGAGAGCCACGAGCUGCCAACUCUUCGAGUCGCCGGGCUGCCACGAAAGCUUCGAGGGAUACAAGCACAAGAGGCGCAGUCCGGGAGUACUGCACACAGAAUUGUUUGCAGGGCUUGAAAACGCAAGCUCCACUCGAUCCGACUUGUCCAAAUGUAUCAGUUCAUGGUGUCAAUCGGCAUCGAUUGAGCCUAGCCGCGCUCAUUCGUCGAUUGUCCAAGCAAUUCUCCCCGCAGGAUUUGCAUCCAGACACGCAGCUAGGGUGCAAAUCACUCCACACAAACGGAACCCGCGGUGCUUUAUUCAAAGUGACCUUGCUCUCCCACGGAUACACUUUUGUUGGUAAAGGCGUGCCGGCAGAAUUUGUUGGCUAUUCGAAACAUGAAGAGUCUGUAUACGCUCAUCUUGCCGAGAUCCAGGGUCUGCACGUGCCCGUGGUGUUAGGGGGGCUGGAUGUCCCUUCUUUAUAUUAUGAUGGCAUCGUGCAAAUUGUGCGUAUUAUGCUUAUGAGUUAUGCCGGGGCUCCAAUCGCGAGAGCCAUUACGCAAUGGCCUGAACAUCGUGAUCGCAUGAUCCGCAAGGCUGAGAUCUCCUUGCGAGCUGUGCAGAGGUGUGGGGUACUGCACUCGGACCUAAUACCUGAUAACAUCUUGCGAAAUAGCAGAAAUGAUCAGGUCAUGCUGAUUGAUUUCGAAAGAGCAGCUAUCCCAGAACAACGAACGCCGCUGAUGCCGGUGCCGUCGAAUCGGAAGCGCAAGCGAGUUGACCAAUCCGCUAAGAGCCAACGGGAAUCGGUUGCUUUUGAUCGCGAAUUUCGGAGGCUGCGGAAUCACCUGUUUUAA